CUCCUUCGUUUCCAUGGGAACUCGGGACGCUCUCUGAAGUAUCGCGAUAUUUCAAAGGGAAAUCUGCCCAAACGGCGAGCUGCCCGGCUCGGCGACAUCUCGGAACUGAUGGCUGCUCUAACCUUCCCCACCGUCUCGGCCACGACGGCCCCCCUGUCGGAGCUGCGCAUCCCUCUCCCGGGCGCGGUGUUCCUGGCUGUCUCUUUGUAUCUCGUUGUACUGCUCGCCCUUCUCCUGAUGCACCAGUGCCUGCAGGCGCGUGGAUGUUGCCCCGCAUGUCUGGGUUGGCAGCUAGUGGGGGCAUUUGGGGUAUGUGACAUGUGUGUGAGCUGUGCCCAGUCCUGUGACUGCAAAGUGCCCUCCAUCACCCGCUGUAUGGAUACCUGCUGCCCAAGCAAACCGAACUGUGACAGUUGCCGCGGCUGCUCCUGUUGCCCCCUGUGUGAUUUUGCCUGUACGUGCCAGCCCCCUGACUGCAGCACCAUCAACUGCAUGUGCUGUGAGAUCAGACUGCGGUGACCUGGGCCCAGACGCCCCACCAUGACUCUGCCCAACGGCUCCCUCUAUGGGCGGCUUCCCCACAGUGCCUGACCCCAUGGCUAUGGAGCUACAUUCCCCAUUUUGCUUUUUUUCCAUUUUCUGGGGCACAAGAGGCAUUUGUGGCAAUUAGACCACAGUGAGUGGCCAAGGGACACUGGGAAAUGGCGGGUAUAUUGUUCAGUGCCAAUCAGAACUCCACACAGGCCAUAGUCUUGCCUCUCACUCACCUAUAAAAUAAACAUGGCGGGGAGAUGAGAAAACAGGGAUACACUUGGCCUCUUUCUCUCCCAGCUUCUAUAGCAAUGAUGCCUUCAACUCCCAGCAUCCUUUGCUAGCCAAAUGGAGUGGUUCAUAAGAAGAAGAGGGUGACUCUUGCACUUUGCUAUAAAGUAUAUGCUUUGGGGCAAAACCAAAAGCCCCAUCUAUGUUUCCAUAUCACCAACCCCAGUCAAUAGCCUCUGCUUAUUUUAACUCUUCCGUUGCCAUUAACAUGUAUGUAUUUGUGUUUCUCUCACACUGACAGUAUUUUGUGCUUUAAAUCUAUUUUUAUAUUCUGGAAAUAA